UGUCGGUGCGUCCGGCCGCGCCAUGCUCCGCCUGGGCCCCGCGCUCCUGGCCCGCCUGGCCCGCGCCCCGCUCCGCGCCCCGCUGCGCCCGUGCGGGGCGGCGGCGGCGGCGGCGGGCCAUGGCGAGGAGCAGGAGCGCUUCGUCUUCCUCGAGUACGAGCCGGACGCGGCUGAGAGGCCGCCGCCGCCGCCGCGCCGGGAGCGGGAGCUGAAGCCGCACCGGGAGCGGGAGCUGAAGCUGAAGCCGCGGCGGGAGCGGGGCGCGGCGGCGGCAGUGCCGAGCCUAUCCGACCCGUCGGUUCCGCCGAGCGGCGUGAGCUGCUCAGGCUGCGGGGCCGAGCUGCAGUGCGGGGACGGCGGCGCGCCGGGCUUCGUGCCGGCCGAGCGGUACCGCAGCCUCGUGUCCGAGGGCCCCGCGGGGCUGCGCGGCGCCGUGUGCCAGCGGUGCUGGGCGCUGGCGCGCCACGGCAGCGCCCUGCGGCUGCGGCUGCCGCCCGACGAGCACCGCCGCGUGGUGAGCGCGGCCCUGCGCCGCCCGCCGCGCCACGGCCGCGGGCCGCUUCUGCUCUACGUGCUCGACGUGAUGGAGCUGCCCGACCCGGUGCUGCCGCAGCUGCCGGCGCUGCUGGGUCCCGACGUGCCCGCCGCCGGCGUGCUAGUGGUGGGCAACAAGGUGGACCUGCUGCCCGCAGACUGCCGUGGGCACCUGGGGCGGCUGCGGCAGCGGGUGGCGGCCGCCUGCGCCCGGGCCGGGCUGCGGGGAGCCGCGCUGGUGGACAUCCGCCUGGUGAGCGCCAAGACCGGCUACGGCGUGGAGGGGCUAGUCAGCCGGCUGCAGCGCUCCUGGAAGUGCGCCGGCGAUGUCUACCUGCUGGGCGCCACCAACUCCGGCAAGUCCACGCUCUUCAACACCCUGCUGCGCUCCGACUACUGCAAGUCCCGCGCCCCCGACAUCAUCGACAGGGCCACCGUGUCCCCGUGGCCAGGAACCACACUGAACCUGUUGAAAUUUCCAAUUAUUAACCCUACAUGUGACAGGAUAUUCCGAAGGCAGGAGAGGCUAAAAGAGGAGGCAACAAAAACAGAAGAUCAGCUAAGCAGUGAAGAAAAAAAGUACCUUAAUCAACUUAAAAAGCAAGGUUACCUAGUGGGAAGAGUUGGAAGAACAUUUCAACAGCAGAAGUCUAGUGCUGAGAUUGACUUCGACCCUGACACACUCUCUUACAGCAUGGAUGAAGACCCUAGAGAUGCCCCUAAGAAGCUUGAGGAAAGGGAGGAGUUCACUCACAACGAAGUGAAGGAUGCUCGGUGGUGUUUUGACACUCCAGGAAUUGUAAAGGAAGACUGUGUUUUGAAUCUCCUAACAGAGAAGGAAGUAAAACUGGUUUUGCCAUCACAUGCCAUUGUUCCACGGACCUUCAUUCUCAAGCCAGGAAUGGUGUUGUUUUUAGCAGCCUUGGGACGUAUAGACUACUUAGAGGGAGAAAAGCCUGCCUGGUUUUCUGUCUUGGCUUCUAACCUGUUGCCAGUCCAUGUUACUACGCUGAGUAAUGCAGACACCAUCUAUGAGCAGCAUGCAGGCCAAGAGUUCCUAAAGGUCCCCAUGGGUGGGGAAGAGAGAAUGAAAGAGUUCCCCCCACUUGUCCCUCAGGACAUUACACUGAAAGGAAUUGGUGCCACUGAGGCAGUUGCAGAUAUCAAGCUUUCCUCUGCAGGCUGGGUGGCAGUGACGGCUCACGAGGAAGAGGAAUUGCUGCUCCGAGCCUACACUCCCAAGGGCACUGCAUUGGUGGUGAGGGAGCCUCCCCUUCUGCCUUACAUCAGUACCAUCAGAGGGGCCAGGAUCCCAGGCACUCCUGCCUACAGGACCAAAAAGCCUCCUUCCUUUGUGGAAAACCUAAGAACCACGGGAAUCAGAUAGCACUUCUUAGCAUCUGAGCAAGGCAGAAGCCAGAACAGCCCCUGGAGAACCUUGUGACUUAUUGGUAUUCAGAAAAUGUUGGGACUCAUUUUGAAAGGCCAGCAGACACAUUUUGGAAAGCAGAGCUGUGGGGAAGCUCCACAAGUCCACAUCUGAUCCAGCUGCUGAACUGCAUCCAUUUUGAAUGAACUGAGAGGCUGGGACCUUGCUGUGGGAGGAGAAACUGCUUCUCCCUAGGAUCUGCAUUGAUGGGCAGAUCCCUUUACCUGUCCCCUUUUGAAAUACAGGGUGGAAGCUCACCUGCCUGACCUGUCAUAGAGUAGGUGGUUUCUUGCAGACAUGCUCCCUCAUGUCAGAAAUCAUCACCUCGUUCUUAAGGUGUUUCCAUAGUUAAGGGGGUGGGGGGAGUUGGAAGGAGCAGGGAAUGCUCCAGUGUGGGUAUGACCCUUCUGGUGGCUGAUACUGACUCAACAACAUUGACCAGAAGUGUCCUUUCUCUCCUUCAGCAUCUGGAGCAGAUUAGGGUGUGCUUUUGGACACAGGAAAAGUGAUUUAAUGAAAAGCAGGUCUGCUCAUGUGCUUGAAGAGGAAAGUUUUGCAAUUCACUGCUUUGAUUUGGUUUCUGUAGCUUGGAUACAGGUUUUGGAAACCAAGGGUAUAGAAUAAAACUUCUCAAAGACCA